CAAGUAUAAAAGCAUCCGUUUUAUUUAUCUCUGCGUCUCUGUGUGAAUGAAUAUUAUUUUUAUUAUGGAAUUAGUUUAUUUAUGAGUGUGUGGAUAGUUAAAUAAGUGCAAAUUAUAGUGAAUAAACCAAAUGAAAUAUAUUUAAACAAAGUUCGUAAAAUUCGGCGUAAAAUUUGAUGAGUAUUAAUAAAUCUUGAUGGCGGAAACUACAGAUAGUCAGGAUAUAGACUUGAGUGAUUUAAAGUCAAGAUCAAAAUACGACUUUGUGAAAAGAUUAUUUACUUGUUUCAAAAGAGAUUUUAAGCAGAAGAACAAAGCAGAUCCUGCAGGAGAAAAUCUUGUCAAGAAUAAAGAUAUUGAAAGUGGUAAUAAAAAAGAAGCAGGAAGUGAUUCUGAGGAGAAAAAAUUGACAAUUUUUCAAAAAUUCAAAAAUUUACCGAGUAAUUUGAAAAAUUUAGUGAUUGAUUCAUCUGAAGGCGGAUACUAUUAUUGGAUUGGAAUAGUUACAAUAACAGUACUCUAUAAUGCUAUUGUUUUACCCAUGCGAUCUGCAUUUACACAAUUUCAUGAAUUAAGUCCAGUUACAUGGCUUUCAUUGGAUUAUUGCAUUGAUGUUGUAUACAUGAUUGAUAUAUUUGUUGGUUCACGUACAGGUUAUUUAGAAGAAGGUUUACUAGUACGCGAUAAAGACAAAUUGAAACAGGCUUACUUCAAAAGAAAUGAGUUUAUAAUCGAUAUCAUUGCAAUUUUACCAACAGAUUUAUUCUACUUCAUACCACAGUUAGGUCAUUAUGCUGCAUGGUUACGCUUUAAUCGUCUACUGAAAAUAUACAGAUCAUUUGAAUUUGUUGACAGAACAGAGACACGUACAAAUCGGCCAAAUUUAUUUCGUAUCUCAAUGCUUACUACUUAUAUUCUGGUAUUAAUUCAUUUAAAUGCUUGUAUUUAUUUCGGAUUUAGUCGUGCAACUGGAUUAGGCUCUGAUUCCUUUGUUUACCCACCACGUUCAAGUGAAGAUACAUCAGAUGAAUUCAGAAAUUAUUCAGAACGUUGGGAUCGUUUAUUUUCCCAGUAUGUCUAUAGCUUUUACUGGUCCACUUUAAUAUUGACGACAAUUGGUGAGACACCGAAACCAGUCAGAAAUGCUGAAUACAUUUUCAUUACAAUUGAUUUUCUUGUUGGAGUAUUGAUUUUUGCAACUGUUGUCGGUAAUGUCGGUGCAAUGAUAACAAAUAUGAAUGCAGCAAGAACAGAAUUUCAAAACAGAAUGGAUGGUGUUAAAAGAUAUAUGGAAUUUCGUAAAGUCAACAAAGAACUUGAACUGAGAGUAAUCCGAUGGUUUGAUUAUUUAUGGACAAAUAAACAGUCAUUAGAAGAAGACAGUUUAAAUGCUCUACCAGAUAAACUGAAAGCUGAGAUCGCUAUACAUGUUCAUUUCGAUACACUGCAACGUGUCAGUAUAUUUAAAGACUGUGAUCCUGGACUUCUUGUAGAACUUGUACUUAAACUUCAGCUACAAGUAUUUUCUCCAGGUGAUUACAUUUGUCGCAAAGGUGAUAUUGGAAAAGAAAUGUACAUAGUUAAACGUGGGAAACUUAGUGUUGUAUCUGAAGACGGAAAAACAGUAUUUGUUACAUUAGGUGAAGGUUCUGUUUUUGGUGAAAUAUCCAUAUUGAAUAUUGCUGGAAAUAAAACAGGCAAUCGGAGAUCAGCAAAUGUACGAUCUGUUGGUUACUCAGAUUUAUUCUGUCUAAGUAAAGAUGAUUUGUGGGAUGCAUUAACUGAAUAUCCAGAGACUAAAACAAUAUUAAUGCAACGUGGUCAAGAUAUAUUACGUAAAGAUAAUUUAUUAGACGAAGAAGUACUACGUAAAGCACAAGAACAACAAGAAUCAAUUGAACAAUGUGUUCAACGAAUUGACAGUACAGUCAAUCAACUUACUACUCGUUUAGCAAGAUUGAUUGGUGAAUUCGGAUCAAGUCAAGCUAAGUUGAAACGUCGUUUAAUGAGAUUAGAACAAGAAUAUGAUAAUCUUAAUCCGUCAUAUAUUGCACAGGAUGGUAACACUUCGAGAUAUAGAAAGCAAAGUGACAUAUCAGCUAUUGAUAAUCAAAUACAAGUGACUGUGGAUUCAGAAAAAGCUGGUAAAUCAAGUCAGUCAUUUAGACAAAAACAAGGCAGUAUAUUGAAAAUUGAAAGAAAACAACAGAGACCAUCCACUAGCAGUUCAACAUCACCCUUCGAUAAACGUGAAUCAUUGAGUUCAUUAGGAUCGGACUUGACAAAUGGAACUUUGCCUUCUGAACAAGAUGAGUAGACUGGUAACUCAAAGAAAAGUUAGUUGAACAACUAGUGCAUUUCGUAACUCACAAAACAAGGUGUUUGUUAAUGCAUUUUAUUUGUUUCGUGAAUAACAGAGUACACAUUAUUACCUUCGUUCCUCCUUCCUAUUUCAUAUUUCCACCAUUAGAGAACAGAACAAUCUAACUUUUCAACAAACUAAUAGCUUUUAUUUUCUGACUGAGUAUUUUUUUUUCGUUUUUUUGACUCUUUUAUGUAUCAGUGCUUCUAAGUGUGAUUAUUUGUUUCCUUGAAGUAAUUCCUUAACCUAUAACUUGCUGGA